AUGGGUAAGGUUUCAAAAGAGUUAAUAUUAUAUUUUGUUGAGCUAAAAAGGAUAAGAAGAAAAAGUUGGCUAAAUAAAAAAGGAGGAGGACAAUCAACUGUAGCAGCAAACCACAAGAAAUCAAAUCAACAACAACAACAAAAUGAUCAAAAGAAAAAAGAAACAAUCAGUAUAACAAUCGAUGAAAAUGGAACUACUUUGAAAUUAAAAUUGGUUGGUUCUGAAUUGAUUUGUACUAAUUGUAUUGAACAAAAUACAUUACCAACAAAAAAAGGAGGAAAUACAAAUGUUGAUAUCACAAAGAUGCAACCAAAAUGUGCAAUGUGUUUUACUGGUUCAUUUGACAAGAAAAAAGAGGUAGAGGAAAAGAAACAAGAGGCAAUGGCUCAACAUCAAAGUUUGGUCAAGAGUAAGACUAUUGGCAUUGGUAUAAAGGGAUUACAGAAUCUUGGAAACACAUGCUUCUUUAACUCGGUACUUCAAAACUUGACACACGUCAAUAUGUUGCGUGAUGCAUUUUUAGAGUUUCCAGGCGAAGAAAAGAGUACCAUUAAAUCAACCAAUCAAAUGACUAUGGAAAUGCAUCAUUUCUUUUUAAAAAUGUAUAAACAACCUUCAAGUAUUGUUUCUCCAAGUGGUUUAUUAUCUGAAAUCUCUAAAAAAUCACCAAGAUUUAGAGGAGGAAAACAACAAGACUCACAUGAAUUACUUAGAUAUUUAUUGGAUGGGUUAAUAUCAGAGGAACAAUCGGCUAGUACAAACAAACGUGAUCCAACUUAUAUCGAUCGUAUAUUUGGUGGUCGAUUAAUUAGUAUUAUUACUUGUUUUCAUUGUGGCAAUGUAUCAAAGACCUAUGAACCAUUCCUCGAUCUUUCACUACCUCUACCCAUGUUGGCAGUGGCGGCCGACAAGAGACCAUUACCAUCUAUCCAAAAUUCUCCAUUACCUGCCAAUCCAAAUAGAUUUACUCAAUUGGAUAUUGCUGAUGAUGGUGAUGAAGGAUUGGGUGAAGAUUAUUAUAGAACCAUCUAUGAUAAUAUUGAUGGUAGUAGUAGUGGUGGUGGAAAACUAUCAAAGAGUAAAAUGAAAAGAUUACAAAAACAGAAAAAUCAAGCUGCUCGAAAUAAUAGUAGUACAACAGCAGAGGAGGAGGAGGAAACACCUAUACCUAUUGAUGUGGAAGUGGAAGAAGCAGCUAGUAAUGAAUCAAAACAGGCAAAUGGUGGUGAACAAGACGCAUUAACAACAUCACCAAUUAUAUCUUCACCUGAUGGAGCUGAUGGUUCAACUCCUAUUAUUAUUGGUGAUGGAGGAGAAGUAGGAGAAGGAGUAAAAGUGAAAGAAGAUUAUAUUAAAAGAGAAGAAGAACAAGAUGAUGGAUUUACACCAUCCCCACCAGUAACACCACCAACAACAACAACAACAACAGAGGAAUCAUUAACAUCUACACCAACUACAACUACUAUUGAAACACCAAAUACAUUUAGAGAAUCUACCGACUUUAUAUUAUUGGGGUCUCCUGCAGGAAACAACAAUAUUGAAAGUCAUCAAGAACAAGUUCUAUCAACUUUUAGUGUCAUUGAAAAUUAUGAAAAUCCAUCAUCAACAACAACAACAAAGGAAAUAUUGUCACCGAUUUCACCGAUUUCAAUUAGUGCAAAUACUGAAAAGAGUGAUAGAGAUGUACAGGAUGAUCCAAUUGAUUUAAGAAAAGGUAUUCCAAGUGAAGCCAAAUCUCUUGAUCAAUUAUUGGCUUGCUUUUUACAAUUUACAAAUCCAGAGAAAUUAGAAGGUGAUAAUGGUUUUAUUUGUUCAAAAUGUACUUGUAAAGAAAAGAAAUCAGAAGCUGAAACCAAAGAAGAAAAAUUAGAAGAAGAAAAGAAAGAAGAGGAAAAAUUGGAAGAAAAGAAAUUGGAGGAAAAGAAAUUGGAAGAACCAGAAAUAAUUAAUGAAGUAGUAAAAGAAUUAUUAUCAACAUCAUUAAAUGAAAAGGAGUUUGUAACGAUUGAAACUUCAACUGCUGCAUCUCCAGUUACUUCAUCGUCAAGUGCGUCAUCUUCAACUACAUCAUCAACCACUGCAACACCAGAGACACCUUCAACUAAUAGUAAUAGUAAAAAGAAAAAGAGAGCUGCUGCUGCUGCUGCUGCUGCUGCAUCAUCCGGUAAAAAGAAAACUUCUUCGAUUCCUGAAGAAGAACCAAUAAGAAGAAAUGCAAGUAAACAAUAUUUAUUAUCAACUACACCACCAUACUUGACAGUUCAUUUAAAGAGAUUUAUGCAAACUAGAAAUGGAGGAUUGCAAAAGAAUAGCAAACACAUUCAUUUCCCACAUUACUUGGAUUUGACACCAUUCACCGAUCCAACGUGUCCCAAGACCAGCAAACAAUCACAUCUCUACGUACUCAAUGGUGUUGUUGAGCAUAUGGGUAGUAUGGGAGGUGGUCAUUAUGUAGCACAUAUCUAUGAAGAUCAAAAUGAUAAUUGGUAUUAUGUUAGUGACAGUAGCUAUCGUAAUCAAACACUUGGACAAGUACUACAAAACCAGGCUUAUGUUUUGUUUUAUAAAAAAGUUACUCAACCACAAGAGUCAACUACACAAACGUCGAAAAUGAACAAGGUCGGCAAAGAAGACGAAGAAAAAGAAAUUGAAAAUAUUUCAGUCGACAAAGACGAUGGUGGAGGAAAGAGCCCUAUUUUAGAGCAAGCAACUACAACUCUUACCAGUGAUCAACAACCAAGCGACGAGAAAAGUAUGACCGAGGAGGAGGAGGAAUCAUCUUCUCCACCACACAACAAUAAUGAUUCAAUUUCCAACAAUAAUAAUAAUAAUAAUAAUGAUAUAACAUCAGUUGAUGAAGUUACUGAACAACCAGGCGAAUAA